CGAUUGUUCUUUUUAUAGAGCCUCCCCCUUUCCUCUCUGCAUCAUAGAAAAGCUCCCUGUUCUCUCCCGUUCUUCCAUACCUCCCUCGUCCAACUGCUCUUCUCGUCACCUUGCCCUCUGAAAUAUUUCACUUAACCAUCAACGCACUUCAGCAUGCGUGUCACGAGCUUGCUUCCGGCCUUGCUGGCAGCCAUCCCUGUCGUGUCUGCUACCAGGGGUACCCUCGGACUCGCCUUGGGCAACAAGAAUGCCGAUUCUCAGUGCAAAACGACGAGUGACUACGAGGCCGACUUUGAUGCCCUCAAAGGCGUGACUACUUUGGUUCGCACCUACUCGGCAAGCAAUUGUGCGACUGCCCAGAAUAUCAUCCCAGCUGCAAAGGCAAAGGGUUUCAAGGUCGUCUUGGGUGUCUGGCCCGACUAUGACCAGUCUUUCGACGAGGAUUUCAACGCUCUGAAGCAGUAUGUCCCUGGAAACGAAGAUGUCGUGACCGCCAUUACUGUGGGCUCAGAAUGCCUUUACCGCGGAAGUAUCACUGCCCAGAAACUCCUGAGCCGGAUCCAACAAGUGCAGAACCAGUUCAAGACCGUGACCGUCGGCACUGUUGACAGCUGGAACAAGUUCGCGGAUGGCACGGCUAAUCCCAUCAUCCAGGGGGGUGUCACUUACUUUUUGGCCAACGGGUUCGCCUACUGGCAGAACAAGGAUAUCAACAACGCUCCUGCAACCUACUUGGAUGACAUGUCGCAGGCUGAGAACCACAUCAAACAGAUCGCCGGUGCUAAUGCAGGCAAGAUCCGCUUUGGAAACGGGGAGACGGGCUGGCCUACCGAUGGUGGAUCCGAUUAUGGUGCUGCCAAAGCUGGUACUAAGAAUGCUGAGCAGUAUUACCAGUCCGCUGUGUGCAAAAUGCUGGCCAAAGGCACCGAUGUCUUCUAUUUCGAGGCCUUCGAUGAGGCUUGGAAGCCCAACAGCACCGGUGACAAUGGCCAGUCCAUGGAUGAAAAGCACUGGGGCCUUUUCACCGCCGACCGCAAGGCCAAGUUCAACAUGAAUUGCCCGAAUUAGAGUGCUGCUCGAUAUUCGGAAGUCUGAUACACAUCAACCUGCUCUGUUUUAGAUAUGUAUGUAUUAUUGUCGGACAUAACGGAAACCCUGUGCUGGGACUGUACCUAUGAGCAUCCGAUAGUCAUUGAAUGUCAAUGCAGAUAUUCGGGGUCUUAAGACAAG